UGGCAUAUGCCGUAAAAAAAUAAUGUCAUAUUGAAUGUUUAUAUUGUGGUUUGUAUGGCUUCUACUUUGUUUUUGCUAAAUUAAAAGGCUAAAUUGCUAUCUACUUAAUAAUAAAUUGUGUUUCAUUCACUCUUACGGCGGUGAAAAAGAAUGGACUUCCAUUUGUGCCAGUGCAAUACCUACGCUGUUUCCUCAGGAGAUUUACAAAAAUUGGUGCAUUAAUAUUGUCGUCAGUGAACGUAAUAAAACUACUAUUAAUAUGGAUGUGGUGGAAGAGGAAAACCCCUUACAAAUAAAUGUCGAAUCAUCAGACAAUAUUCCAAGAGGUUUUAGAAACAUUGUUGGUAGACCAACUAGAAAUCACGAGAUACUUUUUAGUGCACCACCGAAAUCUAUGAUAUCUCUUUUAUUACGUGAAGAAAAAAUUAAAGAAUUAGAAGGGGACCAAAAUGAAACCACUGUUAAAAGUGCGUUAAAAGAAAAAACUGUAAAGAAACUAAAAAAAUGGACAUGUGACUAUUGUUCAGACAGAAUAUUUUUCAAGAAAAGUGAAUACCGAAAACAUAUCAAAACACACAAAGUUUACAAAUGUGACCAGGCUGAUUGUUCUUACAUGACUAAUUUUACUUCCAAUUUGAAAACUCAUAAAAGAAUUCACACAUCUGAUUACCCAUAUGUGUGUGAUGAAUGUACAUUUAGGUCAAAAUUUAUUAAUUCAUUGAAAGCACAUAAAAGAUUGCACAAUAGGGAACGACCAUUUGAAUGCCAACAUUGUGAAUAUAAAUGUAAUAGUGGAUCUAAUCUGAAAAAACACUGUACUCGUAAACAUCCCAAUAUUCAAAAUAACAGUGAUAAUCCCACUUAGUCAUUUGGAAUCAAUUGGAUGGUGGCCCAGCAAUAGGGUAUAUGGAACAACAGAUCAAGGGAUCAUUUACCUCAUAUUAAUUGUUUAUUAGAACAUUUUAUCAUUUUUUUAUAUAAAAUAUUUUCUUCAUAAGUCACAAAUAUCCUAGGACUUUCUAAAAUUAACAAACUUGAUUGCUUUCUAGUCCUAUCUUAGGGCCUAAGCACAUGCAAUGUUUUUUAGAAACUUUGCAUCAAUAAAUUCAGAUGCAUCCUGCAAAUGUGCAGAAUACAAAAGGGAAUCUUCACAUUAUAUACAUAUUUUUUGCUGCUCAAUCCAGACUUCUUUGUUUCUCAUCAGUAUUGUUUCUUAGCGAAUUAAUAACAUUAGAAGGUGCCCCGAUUUCUGACGUCAUUCGGACGUGGGUUCUUUACCAAGGUCAUGGAGACGUUCAAACUAGUGGCUAAAACCUAAGACAAGGUCUUAACCUUCGUAGGAAGUACCCUUAGGGCGACUUCCUUCGUUCCUCACGAUGUUUUCGUGCCUUCGGGCUCUAUUUAUGGCAAGCUUUCCCGCUCGGCCGAAUCCUCCGAUGACGCUGUUUAAAUCCUUAGGUUUCCAAAUGAACAACAAUAGAAUAAGCUUUGCAAACAUCUAAGCCAUUGAUCAUAGGCUCUAAGGACACAAGUAUGCUGCAUAAUUACAUAAAAUAACAUAACUUAGAUAUUGUAAAGAUACUUUCUUAUCAGGAAAAAUAAAUA